AUGGAGAGCUCUUCUCCCUUUUCCUCUCUUCGGCAAUUGCUCACCACGCGACAUCAUCACCACCUCCCACACAACCCAAUUCUCUACGACAAUGCAGCCAGCAUCGUCGCGGGCGGCAUUUGCCGCUGCGACGGCUUCCACGCCAGCGUCCGCAGUGUCUUCAAUGGCCUCAAGCGUUUCCAGCCGGCGAGCAAUCGCAUCCUGGUCCUCCAUUUCUUCCGUCACCACCUCCUCCUCCUCAUGCUCCUCCUCGUCGACCUCGACAGCGUCCUCCUCUCGCUGCUAUCGGCUACAACGCCCGGCGCUUGCCUCCCUCUCCGCAUCGCGGCGGCCGCUGCCGACCUCAUCCACAGCCUCGCGCAAAGCACCGAGCACAACACGAGCACCGUCUUUGUCGGCGGCUUUCUCAACGUCACCUUCUGUUGCGUCGGCAGCAAAACGUCGCUUGAUGCGCGAGUGGAUCAGGGAAAAGGGUCGGCCUCUGUUUUGGCCGGAAGCCGCUAG